CAGAGCCAACCAACCAUAGUCUUCAGAUGUUUCCCCACCUUUAUCAGUUUUUUUCAACACUCCCAACACUAUAUAACGAAAACAGUUUCUUCUUCCCAAUUCACAACAGUUUCUACACAACAACCGCGACGGUGCACUGUUUUAGAGGUUAAAAAUCCAAAACACUAAUAGCCAUGGCUGGACGCGUUGUGCUGCACUACUUCAAUGGGAGGGGGAAAAUGGAGUCAAUCCGCUGGCUUUUGACAGUUGCAGAGGUUGAGUUUGAUGAGGUGUAUCUGAACACUAAUGAGCAGUAUAAGAAACUCUUAAGUGAUGGAGUCCUCAUGUUUCAACAGGUUCCCAUGGUGGAAAUCGAUGGCAUGAAACUUGUUCAGACAAAGGCAAUCCUGAAUUACAUUGCAGAGAAGUACAACCUCCAUGGAAAAGAUCUCAAAGACCGUGUCAUGGUCAACAUGUACUCAGAGGGAGUGAUGGAUCUCAUGGAAAUGAUCAUGAUGGUGCCCUUCAGCCAAGACCCAAAAGCCAAACUGGAUACCAUUCAAACUAAAGCAAAAGAGCGCUACCUUCCUGUGUUUGAAAAGGCGCUGUCUGGGCCCGUAUACCUGGUGGGAGGAAAACUAAGCUGUGCAGAUGUGCAGCUGCUUGAAUGCACCCUGAUGUUGGAGGAGAAAUUUACUGGAAUCCUCUCCGACUUUCCCAAUAUCAAGUCUUUCCAGGGAAGGAUGAUCCAGAUUCCUGCCAUCAAUAGGUUCCUACAACCAGGCAGCAAGAGGAAGCCGCAGCCAGAUGAAACCUACGUAAAGACCAUCGUGGAGGUGUUCCAAAUCAAAUUACCAAUAUUGUGAACUCAAUAAAAGAUCUGGCACGUUCCUCAUGUAGGCACAAAAGAACAAAUCUAUUUAGCAAGUAAAGAAUAUCUGUAAUCUUUAAUAAUAUUGUAUGGGUGUUUUAAUGUGAAGCUUCUACUAAAUAAACUGUUUAAUUUUGUGGAA